AUGCGCUUCACAUCUGUGCUUGUAGGGCUAUCAGUGCUUGCUGUGAUUGCAAAUGGCCAGCAACAACAAGGCAAUGAACAGGUAGUUGAUGGCACUCGUCAACCAAACGACAUUGUAUUAGAUCAAGAAGUUUUAUUCCCUGCCAGUUUGUUAGACAGUGCUCAACUCCAAUCCAUCGAAGCUCAACUACAACAGCCCGACAAUUACUUGUCCAAUAUUCCUCAAGAAGCCAAAGACAAGGACGUGGACAAUCAGGAUCAAGGUACUGGCGAUGACAAUGAUGACGAUGACGAUGAUGGUGAUGACAUUGAUGGCGAUGAUGGCGAUGACGAUGAUGGUGAUGACGAUGGAGACGAAGAUGAUGAAGAAGAUGGAGGAGAGGAAGCAGAAGAUUGGGUUAAUGUGGCUGAUGAAUCACUUACAAAAGACUUGAUUCUAAAACAAAACCAUAUUCUGACUACAUCAUGGAGUGCUUCUGAUUCAUCUUCUUAUCCCAUUAUUAUUGACACUGAUUUUGUAUUCAAUCCAAUUACAUUGGCACCAGAAAGUUCACGUACUAGUGCUACGAUAACAGCCGCUGCUACAGCUGCAGUUAGAAAUAAGAAAAAGAUCAGGCCAGACUCUAGUGCUGUUUCUUCAAAUACAUUGACCUCAUGGUCAAUGGCAAUUCCAUUCGCAGUAUUAAGCGCAAGCUAUUUAUUCAACUUGUAUAUCUAA